AUGAAGAAUUCACUCUCGUACCCCCACGGGCUUCUCCCGAUGAAGAACACCCCAAUGGGGUCUAAACCAUUUAGCACAAAAAACAUAAGAGGGAGAUUAUUUUACAAAAGGAGACCUAAGCAGAUACCAAAGUUGAAAAAAAUAAAUUGGAGAUCCAAGUGGUUAGAAGGAGCUCCACAAAAAAGAGGAAUAUGCUUGAAGGUCAGAGUUCAGACCCCUAAAAAGCCAAACUCAGGACUGAAAAAAAUCGCUCGAGUUAGAUUAUCUACUGGAAGAAUAGUCUCUGUGUAUAUUCCAGGAAUAGGUCAUAAUUUGAAUACACAUAAUAUCAUCCUUGUGCGAGGUGGUAGAUGUAAGGACAUCCCUGGAUGCAAUUACAAAGCCAUUAGAGGGGUCUACGACUUACUCCCUGUUAAGAAUAGACUUAGGGGAAGAAGCAAAUAUGGGGUUAAACUCUCGGAAGAGAAAAAAAAACACCUACUCGAGAGGUAUAAUUUUAAACAUAUAUACAUCAAGAAGGACGUUGAGGAGUUUAACAGGUACAAGUGGUUCAAUUACGUCGAUGGGGAGAAGAAGCUACGGGAGAAGCCGCUGGAGGAGGACGAACCCGUCCCAAUUAAUAUCUUCCACUUUAAUACGUAUUACCGGAACCGCAAGUUUGAGCAGUCCCAGGAG